AUGGACGUGCACAGAAUGAAAAUCGUUUACAUUCUUGUUGUAAUUGUUGCCUAUUUUGCGAAUCGAUGGUAUCGAACGCCGAAUAUUCCCGAACAUUUACUCAAUCAUCCCGCGACUUUUGUCCCAAAUCUGAUUGAGGAGGAUGCAGCAAAAGAACUAUUGGAAUUAGUCAAAGGAAUGCACGAAUUUCCAACCAAUUUGAAUGAUUUGAAUUUCUAUGACACUGUUUAUGAGCAUAUUGGGGAAGCACAAAAGAUCGAAAGCGAUGGGAAAUGCGCGGAUCCGUUUUUGGUUCCAAACAAGGACGGAAGUUUAUGCAUUUUGCCUGGGAGAAUCGACGUGGCUAAGCACUUUAUGAAGUACGGAGGAGUGGAAGGAAAGAAAGAGAAAUUUGAGGUAGCCGCAUCUCGUUUAUUAUCGUUUGGCCGAUAUAUCUUUGAUCUCACUUCGUAUCCAAUCGUCGAAAAACUCUUCGCAAGUGAGAAAUUCUUGCAUGGAGCAAAGAGCACGUGUCCUCCUCAUAAACAAAUUCUCGAUCCUUUCCAAUUCAACUUCAUCAUACAGGUUCCCGGCCAAUCAGUUGCCCUUCAUUUGGAUGCGGUUUACUUCUUGCACGCUACUCGUUUUGAAUACCCAAUGUGGCUUCUUUCUGUGAUGGCUCAUUCUGGGCUUUACAAAGAAGAAUUCAUCGAUCAAGUACAAGUUGUCGGCUAUGUUCAUAAAUGGGAAGACUCGCGAAGGGGUGGCAAAUUUGUCUAUUACUUGAACAACUCAAUCAACGCCUAUCAAGAGGAACCGCUGCCUAGAGCUGGAUCGUUUGUUGAUGGAUCAAAGAUUAUCCACGCCGCCACAAUCUACUAUCCAGAUCUGAAGCCUCCAAUCAUGGAUAAGAGUGCCGAGAACAAACUUGUUUAUCAGGGUCAAGAUAAAUGGACUGUUACAUCAAAUGGGAAAACGUUGAAGACAUUCAAAACCGAUGAUCUCCGAAUCACAAUCGUUUAUCGAGCUCGAUGCUUCGAAUCUGAAGAAAAGAAGGCGCAGUUCUCUCGAAUUCGUGAGACAAAAGAAGACAUUCGGCCAGUUGAUGAAAUUCUUGAGGACUUGAAAAAGGAUCUGCACGAGACUCGUGGCUACUCAAUGGAAAAACUGAAUGCUUUCUCUCGAUAUGAUCUUGGAAUGAUUCUUCUCGAUGAAUACAUCAAAUAUCCCCUUCCUCCCCAUGGCCUCAUUCCUGUCAAUUAUUGUCUUGCUGAUCGUUUUUAUCCUUGGCUUAAGCCAAUUUUGGAUCGAAUUUGU